ACCCCACGUGACUUGGACUUUACGGAAAAGAAAACCCAUCAUGGCAGGAUCCGAGUCGUCAAGUAAAAUGCGUACUAUCAUGGCCUUUAUUGCUCUUUUAUUUGCCCUAUUAUCUUCUGGACAUUGUAGCAGUCAAGUACCACUUGUAAUGUGGUCCAGUGAAGGGUACACCAUGCCACCCGUGGUAUCUCCAUCUGCUGGUCACAUACUAUCUAAUGUCCAGCUGAUGUCCUACCUAAACUCUGCUCUGGGGUCUGCCCCACACAACGUGCUGCUCUUCCUACAGGACAAGCUGAGCAAAGAUGACUUCACAAGGUAUGGAGGAGUUUUUGGAAACAAACAAGACAGUGCCUUUCCCAACCUGGAGUCUGCAUUGCAGUCUUCCCCUUCACCGUUGGUGCUGCCUGCACUAUCAUGGCUUGAUGCUAGUGCAGUCCCAGGUCUUCUACGGGAGAAGCUGGGUGUCUCCCCACUCAGCGUAGACUCAGACACACUGGAGCAUCUCCGACUCAAUGCAUCAGACAACACUCUACUGCUUAUCAACCUGCCCUAUCCUACUGGUGCUUACCCGUCCUGUAAGGAAGUCCUGCGUAGCAAUGAUGAGGUCAUUGGUAAGGUUCUGAGCAUCAUGAAAGCCCAGGGUGUUCCCUACACUGCUAUUUACACUGGACUCAAGCCCUCACGAGUGAUUGAGGAGAAAUCCAUGGUUGGCCAGUCUUCUAUAGGCCGGUCCUUGCUGCAGACGGUUGUCAAUGAGGUCAAACCUCCUUUGACGUUUAACACUACUAAUGGCCCUUGCAUCAUGCUCUGGGCCCAGAAUCUCAACGUCAGCUUUAAUAACCUGGAAUGGAUUGACCUUGGUCCAUUGACCUUUGCUCCAGGUGGCUCUGUGAGCACGGCUGGGUCCUUCUGUAAUGGAACAAACUCAAAGCUUGUCCUUGAUUAUGGAAGUUCUGUUCCAACGUACAACCCCUUCCGUCUCAUCUUCUCCAUGAGCCAGCGGCGCUACCCUGUAUCUGCACGAAACUGGUUCACCCUGGACACAGUGGAACUGCUAUUCAAUGCCGAUACAGCCAUCUACAAUGGCAGCCGGGGCAUCUAUGCCCCCGCAGAGUACUCUUUCCACUGCCAGAAUGUCAACAACUUCCGUAAUGCACUGCUUGUGCCCCGCACUCAGAAUGCUACCCAGUGGAGGAUCCUCUUCACCGACUUCCAGAUCCAAGGCUUCAGUAUACUGAACAGAACAACAGAUUUCUCCUAUGCCAGUGACUGUGCUGGCUUCUUCACACCAGGGAUCUGGAUGGGCCUGAUCACCUCUCUGCUGAUGCUGCUAAUCCUCACCUACGGCCUGCACAUGAUCAUGCAGCUACGCUCCAUGGACCGCUUUGACGACCCUAAAGGCCCCUCAAUCUCCGUGCCUCAGUCGGAGUAAUGAAGACAAGAGAACGCCCCCGAGCUUGGUCCCAGAUCUGUUUGUGCUGUCUUUCCUUACCCCUAUGGUAAUUAUCGUGUGACGUUGACCAUGUGACAAUGUGAGUUGGCAAGACAAUACAAACAGAUCUGGAACCAGGCAAACCCCUUCACUCCCCUAACUUAUGUUCCAUCCACUUUGAUUUGCUCAUGAGUUGUUCAAUAUAUUAUGUUGUUAUUUGCUUACUUGCUUUAGCCACCUCCACCCCUGUUCUCUGAUUGUCAGCAUUGAGCAUUCCCAUCCUCUUAGCCUUUAUCAAAUCACAUUUUAUUUGUCACAUGCUUCGUAAACAACAGGUGUAGACUAACAGUGAAAUGCUUUCUUAUGGGCCC